CGCGUCGCGAAAACAUCGAGAAUUUCAUCGUUGUCUUCAUCGUCGUCGUCGUCGUCGUCUUCGUACAGUGCGGAAAGUCGUAAAGAAGCGCGAGGGCUCGAAAAACGAGAGGCUCUCGGUCUCGUCGAAAAGACGAGAAUCGUGGAAGAUUCAGCCGUCGACUUGCCGGCUCGAGAUCGGACAGGCCAGAUUUUCUCGCUGUGAAAAAAAAAAAAAGAGUGUGAGAUUUCCUUGAAAAAGGAUUGUGAGAAACGAUAAAAUCGACGAGAAAUAUUAAAAUUCAGCGUCCGAUAAUCGGUGGCUGGCAACGGGUGUGCGCGUGUAAUAGAAAUCGGUGCUUUACCUAACUAAUAUACAAAUUGGAGAGCAAUUCAGAGAAGGAGAGAGGAGAUUGGAAAUUUUGGGAAACAUAUGCGAAUGAUUGGCUGUACGUGAAUGUCCAUAUCUCCUGCAAAUAAAAAUCGUCGAGCAAUCAAUUACGCUUGUUAAGCAAAACGAUUAACACUGUUUAAAAGGCUGAAAAACUGAACCAAUCAAUUCUAAAUAUCUUUUAAAAGUUUUUUUAAAAGGGAGCGAGCGCACGCGCGAGAGAGAGAAAGAGAAUCAACGAGAGGAUGAAUACUACUCAUAUUUAUCGCGCGCGGAAAUUUUUGCUCUCUGUCAAAAAGUAAAAUAAUUCGCGCCAUUGAAAAGCGAAACGCAUUUGCCGCUGUUAAAAAAUAAAGUCAGAUUUAUACAAGAGUAAAUUUUUUCACCAACUCGUCCAUCGCUUUCGAAUAUUUUGCCGUUUCUACGUGUGUUUUAUAUUGUAGAGUUUUUCCACAUAUACGCGCACCUUAUACAUUUUAUAUCCCCGACAGUGUCUUUUCCGCCAAAGUUCUCGAAAUGAUACGAGGGAUGAUUGAUCACCGCGGAAAUUGAGGGCCAGCACGAUAAUAACGUAAGGUAUCGUGCGAGUAUCGAAGUGCACGUCUCUCUAGCGAUCUGUCAUCGCCAUUGUCGAAUCGCCUAACGGCGGCCCUAAACCUACCUACCUAUCUACCUACCUACCUACCUACCCCAAAGGGGUAAUAGCCCCGGAGGGACGAUAAUCCCCGCAGAGAAAGGCGGGUGGCCUCUCUCUCUCUCUCUCGUCAAAACGCGUUGCGCCAUUUCAGGUGCGAGCUUCGACGAGUGCUUUAGUGUGCUUCGGGGUGCGCUUCCUCGCACGAAUUACAGGAAAGGCGAGGAAAGAAAUUCAACGAACAUCAAAAGACCCGGUGAUUAAUGAGCGCGGGUAAUUAAAAAACAUUAGGGAAGAGGCUGCCGAACGACUCGAGAUCCUCGUACUAUUCGGGGAGAGCGUGUCUCGCUCCCCGCCAUCCCCGUCACCUCAAGAGGAUCCUAGCCGGAGGACAUCGCCGCGGGGUUGACGGUGGGAGCAGGCCGUCUACCUUCGAGGUAAGAGGGAGUGAGAGAAAGAGAGAGAGAGAGAGAGAGAGAGGGAGGGUGAAAGAGAAAGAGAGGGGAUGGGAGGCCUUUAGGGGUGGAAAAUCGUUGGAGAAUACCGUCGCGGUGAAAUCACUCCUCUCGAACGCUCGCGAGACGAUCAGACCACGAAGCAUCCCCUGCCAGGCCGUCCUUUUGCCUGCCUUCGCCCCCUCGCCUCGUUCGACUGAAAGUGGAGGAAGUGGCUGUCUGAUCUCGGACGGAAUGACAAUAAGACUCCCUUUUGAUUAAUCGACGGAACAGAGAGAGAGAGAGAGAGAGAGAGAGAAAGAGAAUUAGUCUUCCCAUCGCGUUCGAAACGGUGGAUUGUUUUGCAAGUGUUAAGAAGUUUCGGCUGCUUAUAGAAGCGACUAAAUGUAACUGUAACCGAGUAACUUGGGCGUAAAUAUAGCGAUUUAAACGAGCGAGCGGCGUUUGAAAUAGUUGCGUUGAAAUACAGCUCUUCCUUACCAAGGUGUAUGAGUGAACGCAAGAUCAUUAAAGUGAAUUUAAUAAAGAUAGCGAUAAUAGAAAAAAGGAUAUACCAGUGGAUCAACCUGUAAAGAACGUUUCAACAUGCAAAAAAGGAACGCUCUCAAGUGCAGCGAUUAAUCGGGCGAUUGUGAUAAAUGACCAUCGAUCCUUCCUUGACUCGAAGUGAUUCUAUUAAUUCCUCUCGUUGCAUCUCGAGACUUAUUUCUCGGGGAGAGGGCGAACUUUUCAGACCCGUGGAAACGGAGGCGUAUGCGACAAUAACGCGAAUGAUUUCGGGGGGAGACGGGAUAUAAGUAGAGUGGAUCGAAAUUAGAAUCGUGUGCAGCCAGUGGAAGAGGGUCGGCGCUUGAUCAGGCGAGCCGGCCGGCCCCAGCCAAGCUGCACUACUGAAAGGAACUCGUUUGCUUAAGAAGAUCUUUUACUGUACAUAUAUAUACGCGCACACACACACGUUUAUAUAACCAACGGUAUCUCUAUAAAAUUGUGUAUCACAAUCAUGAAAAAGGAUAUUCUCGACGAGUGUGUAUCUCUAUUCACGAUGGAACGAUAACGAUAAUAAUAACACGUCAAUGAAAUUUGUAAUAAUCAAUCACAUAUCAUCGCAGGAGAAAUAUCGACGGAAUUUCGAUGCAGCUCGGAUGUUUUUGUAAUGUCCAUCUUUAUUUGAGCCGCCGCGCACGUCAAUUUGAAACGCAACAGUGAGUAAUCCCGAUCUCCAUGCAUCUUUCUGGACGAAUACCGGGAUGAAAUCGACAACGAUAACCAAACGAUAACAAAUCACGGCGAAGGCAGCGAGAAAAAUUGCGGAAAAGACGAAGAAUUGAGGCGCGACAUAAAAGCUAUAGUUUACGAAGGACGAAUUGGUGAAAAAUAAUGAUAAAGGAAUAACGUAAAACGAUAAGCAAGCAUGCAACGAGAAAAAGAGAACACAAUUGUAUGUAACAACGUGACUGAGGACAAUAAUGCUAAGAGAGGAUAAUCGAAGUCAAUCACGUGAAAACAUGAGCCGCUGUUGAACUUGAUACCGUGACAUAAUCGAAAACGGCGAUAUUUUAGCAACGCAUCGAUCGGGACAGGAUAAAUAUAUAGCAACAGCGAUAGACGAGACAACUUUGAUAUAUCAAGUUAGUGCCGAAGGUAUUUUCGAUGUGCUCCGACAACGGGCGCUCGGACUUGAAGGAUUCGCGCUCGAGUAGGUGAGCGUGCCCCGCGUGUUCGUCCCGCACGCAAGAUCGGGACGAGUAGCCGGUGACGGGACGGGCUCUUCUCGGUCGUGGAAUGACAAUAAGGGGACAGCGUGCCCGCGGGGUGCUAUCAUGCGGAGGACGACGGAUUUGAGCGGUGCGCCAGCGAGGUGUCCGGCGAAGGUGUCGCAUCCCUUACGUGGGAUGGCACUCGGGACAUUGGCCGAGAUUGCGGUGAGACUCGUGAUUAGCGGCUACAUAUUCGCCGUGGUCGUCUACGUGAAUGCCAGCGGCAACUGGGAUAAGGACGAUGACCUAGUGUCCACGUCUAAAGUUAGCGCCGUACUUGGUCGUACUGCCACAUUGCCUUGCGACAUUGAGCCGUCCACGCGAGAAGAUCGCGUCUACAUGGUACUUUGGUUCCGUGAUUAUGCGGUGAAACCCAUUUACAGUUUUGACGUGCGGGGCCGGUCUUUUAACAAGGCCCUGAACUGGUCAGACAGCACUGCCGUAGGUCCCAGGGCCUACUUCGUCACCGUGACGAAACCCGCGGCUCAAUCAUUAAAAAUGGAGAACGAAAAGCUGGACGACGAGGGGGUCUACAGGUGCCGCGUAGACUUCAAGAACUCGCCGACCAAGAACUUCCAAGUGAAUCUCACGGUGAUCGUGCCGCCGCAUCAGCUGCUCAUCUAUGACAGUUCCGGGGUGCAGGUGGACAGCGUCGCCGGACCAUUUCAGGUCGGCAUGGAGUUUGGAUUGUCCUGCGAAGUGAGAGGAGGAAAACCCACGCCGGUGGUGAGCUGGCUGGUGAACGGCAAGGAGAUGAACGGCAGACUCGAGGAGUUCGAGAGCAUCGUCGUCAGCAAAUUGACGGUGCCGCAGCUGCGACGGGAGCACCGCAACACGACGUACAAAUGCCGAGCGAACAACACGCAUCUAAUACCGCCGUUGGAGAAGUCGGUGAUCCUCGACGUUUAUCUAAAACCGCUAACCGUGAAGAUAUUGUCGAAAUUAACCAUAAUGGAGACGGAGAAGGAUUACUCCAUCACCUGCGAGACGACAGGCUCGCAUCCUCGCGCUCGUAUCACCUGGAUCGAGGGGAACGAAACGUUUCGGAACGGCAAGAUAAUGGAGAGCGGCAAUGCGUCGGUGAUUUUGAGCACGCUGAUAUUCUCACCCAUCCCCGACGAUCACGGCAAGAUCCUCAAGUGCCGUGGCGAAAAUCCGGCUCUGACGGAUGCGUACUUGGAGGACUUCUUCAAGCUGAAUGUUGUCUUUCCGCCUAAGGUACAGUUGCAUCUGGGCAGCACUCUGAAUGCGGAGAAUAUAAAGGAGGGCGACGAUGUGUACUUUGAAUGCAAAGUCCGCGCUAAUCCGGAGCAUCACAAAAUCACCUGGCGCCAUAACGGCGCCGUGCUGACGCAAAACCAUUCAGCUGGUAUCAUCAUGAGCACCCAGAGCCUGGUGCUGCAAGGUAUAGGUCGCGACAACGCGGGAAAUUACACGUGUCUCGCCAGCAACGAUCGCGGAGAGACGACGAGUCCGAUUGUAAAUCUGAGAGUACAGUUCGCGCCGGUUUGCAAGUUGAAGGAGGUAACGAUCAUCGGGGCCUCCCUGGAGGAGUCCGUGAAGGUGCGCUGCGAGGUCGACGCCGAUCCCAGCGAGGUGGACUUUGUCUGGGAGUUCAACAAUAGCGGCGAGAACUUCGAGGUCGCGCCGGCCAGGUUCGACGGUAACAACGGCACCAUGAGCGAGCUCGUUUACACCCCCGAAUCCGAAAGGGAUUACGGCGCCCUGACCUGCUGGGGUAGGAACGUGAUAGGGAAGCAGGAGACGCCUUGCAUCUAUCAAAUCAUUCCGGCAGUGAAACCAAAUCCCCUGAACAACUGCACCAUCAAGGCGUCGCUCAAUCAGAGCUCGGAGAUCCUGGAGAUCGAGUGCGUGCCGGGAUACGACGGCGGGCUCCACCAGGAGUUCCGGCUUGAGGCUUACGAGAUGCUGACCGGCCAUCUUCGAGCGAACAUAUCCAGCGUGUCGGCCGAUCUGCCGAUCUUCCGGAUCGCCGUGACGGAUCUCCUGCCGGCCACGCGCUUCUAUCUGCUGACAUACGCCGUGAACGCCAAGGGCCGCAGCGAAGUGUCGCAGUUGGAGGACAUAAUGCUACAAGAUUCGGAGAAGCACACGGAUACCGGAGUCAGCAUGCUGCCGUUGAUUCUUCUGCUGAUCGGUUGCCUAUUGGCCUUUGGCGCGACGGUGAUCUCGGUGAUGCUGAUGAUGUAUCGACGUCGCGGUACCACGUCGCCCGUGCACAUUGAGCCCUACAUGAAACAGCCGAUAAUCACGCCGCCGGACUCGAGGAACAAUUCGAUGCUGGACGUGACCCAUGGCGACCACACGUAUUUCGUCGAGUACACGUUGAAACAGGUCACCGAUUACGCGCUCAAUAAUCAGCCGGAUAUCAUACAGUCCCCGCAAGACCAAGACAAGAUCAAACGCGAGCCACAACUGUUUCUGCCAGUGAGACCGGACACGUUAUUCGCGCCCUACGAUAUUCAUAAGCAGGGGCUGCAGACGAACAGAUGCAGCCUGAAUCCAUUCUCCGCAAAGUCCUGGGAGCCCAUCAGCUUCAAGGCCGAUCGCAACCUGAUGAAGGAGAUUAUCAUCGCCAAUUCCAUACCUGGCCCAGAGAGCUGUGUGUAAACUCGAUCGCGGAAGUGAAUCGAGACGCAAAUACAUACAUACAUACACACAUAUACAUACACAUACACACGCACACAUUACAUAGCACAGAACGAUCGAUUUCGAAAGCCUGAAAAUUGUAUCGCGCGCGUCGGUUGGACACACGCGGAUAUCAACGCAAAGUCAACGAAUCUCGUGUCUCGCUUGUUAACACGCACCGGUGUGACAUAUCACGAUGACGAUAUCGUAGCAGAUAACAUACAUAUCAGCAUAUCGUAGCAUAUCGUGGCGCGCCACGAUCUCUCCCGAGAUCCUCGGGAGUUUAGAUCCCCGUCGACCCAGCGCGAGACCGGGACGAGGAAUCGUCGCGACACGACCUAGUCGCAUAAUUUAUAACCGAACGCUACACGUGGUGUACUAUUCCAAGUUUAAUAUAUUUUGUGUCAAGUC